GCGGACUUCCACCCCGGGGCGCUGGGCAAGUCGGCGGAGAGCAGCGGCGAGCAGAGCGGCGACGAGGAGGACGGCUUCGAGGCCGGGGUGAAGGGCGGCGCGGCCUUCGAGCCGGAGGGCAAGCUGAAGGGGGGAGCCCUGGGCAAGAAGCCCAAGGAGCAGCGCUCGCUGCGCCUCAGCAUCAACGCGCGGGAGCGGCGGAGGAUGCACGACCUGAACGAUGCCCUGGACGGGCUGCGCUCCGUCAUCCCCUACGCCCACAGCCCCUCGGUGCGGAAACUCUCCAAAAUCGCCACCCUGCUCCUGGCCAAGAACUACAUCCUCAUGCAGGCGCAGGCCCUGGAGGAGAUGCGGCGGCUGGUGGCUUACCUGAACCAGGGCCAGACGCUGAGCACCCCGCUGCCCGCCACCCUCAACCCCUUCGGACAGUCGGCCAUCUACCCCUUCGGCGGCACGGCCUUGCCCGGCUGCCCCGAGAAAUGCACUGCCUUCACAGGAGCCGCCUCUGCCCUCUGCAAACACUGUAAUGACAAGCCUUGACUUCUGGCUUCUUCGGGCUUUUUAUUUUCUCUUUUUUUUUUUUUUCUGUGCACUUUUCUUUCCGCUACCAUCAGCCCUGGCUUCCUACCAUCAGUUAAGUCUGGGU